AUGACUCUCGCCUCUCCCACUUCAUCGUCAACCUCACCCGCAACUUCCUCACCGCCCAUCACACCUACCAUGCCUUCCUCAUCCUCCUCAUAUAGUACGACCUUACCUCUUCCUCGACCAAGAUCAUCCCCUUCUCUCCACACGCAUAAUGUAAACAAGAUGAAUCGAGAUUUAUCAUUCACUCCAGUCUCUCGUACUCCACAAGCAUCACAACCACCUAUCAUGGUAGCUCUUGCGGGAUGGCCUGAACCCAUCUACGUAUCAGCCACCAACGAUAGGAGGGGCAGUACGGGUGGUGUAGGCAAUAUGGGUUUCGAACCACUAUCUUCUGGUCAGGUGUAUGAUGGUGUGGCCGUUGGUCCUCCUAUAUCAUUCAUCAAUGAUCUACAUCAUAACAUCCCUAACCCCAAUAAAAAGAUCAAAUCCAGACCUACUACACCACCUAUCGAGGAUCAACCGCAGAUCAAAGGAUCCCCUUCCUCAUCAACACCAACAUCAUCAAUACCAUCAACAAUGAGUGAGACAUCGACAUCAACCGAAGUAACCGGUAAAUCCGAUAAACCCUCUACAGCAGAUGUGAUUCGAGACAAGCUCAAAGCUCGUCAACCACCACGUAUCAAGAACAAAACCAACCCUAUACCGAACAUCGUACCUACACCGAUCUCAGCACCGAACUUAUCAAUCUUCGCUGCUGUCUGUCCACACUUGACUGAUCCAUCCUUGGGUCCAUGUCCGUUCAAAUCUCAUCCUCACGAUGUGAGAAACAUGUUCCCACCUACUUCCCAUCUCACAUCUUCUCCAACUUCUUCCUCUUCUUCCUCUCAACUACCUCAACACGUAGACGGUACUUCGUCAUUAUCACCUCAGAGUGAAGAGUUAUCAUCACCCGAGUUGGAUAAGAACCCACAAGGCUUGACCAACUAUUUCCCCGUGCCCGGUGCUGGUGCACCCAAACCUCGUUCGAGAGCUGUAGCACGCUUGAAUCCUAAAUCACCUGGAUCCGGCUCAGGUUCCAGUUCCAAUGGGAAGAGGAAAGGGUCAACGUUCAACGAUCCGAGAUAUGGAGCGAUCUUACAUAAAGGCAGAGCUUUACCUGUUGUUCCAAGUUGGGAUACUACACCCGUCAACAAUGGAUUUCCAAUAAACAACAAUACGGUCAAGGGUAAAGGGAAGGAACAACAAGAUGAUGAAGAUAGGAUGGACGUGGACUUGGAUGGAGGUAAUGAUAUUGAUAAUACCCCUAUGGUGAAGAUGGAGGUCGAAUAA